GCUGUUUUAGAGAGGCGCACAAGGCAGGAGAGAGUGCCUGUGAGAGUGUGUAUGUCAGUCAAUCCAACCACACUCUUCAAAACCCUUUUUCUGCAGAAUCCCAUUUACUCACUAGCAUUGACUCCAGGAUGGGUGAAGAUUCCUCUCACGCUAAGCAAAGCACAGCCACCUUACCCAGGGAGGAGAGCAGCCCGAUUCCACCUGCUCCAGCCAUGGAUGCUCAGGAUCUCCUCAUCUCGAGCUUCAGUCCUAGGUCGGCACACUCUUCCCCCGUUCACACCCUCAGCCGCCUGGGCUCCAAAUCCCCCACCAUCCCCACGGCUACUGGGGGCCAGAUAAGCGCCAUCACGGUGGUGGCUCUGCUCGACAAGCUGGUUGUGAUGAUCGAGUCAGUGCAAGAGAACCAGCAGAGGAUGGAGAAGAAACAGGCUGAGCUGGAGGGGGCAGUCAGGGUGGUGCAGGGUGACGUGACCCGGCUCGCCAAGAGCCACAUGUCCACGGCCAACAGCGUGGCCAAGCUGCUGGAGCGCUCGCGCAAAACAAGCAACAAUGUGAAGGAGGUGCGGGAACGUCUGGAUAGACAGAGCAGCCAGGUGAAGCAUCUGGAAGCCAACCACACCCAUCUGCUCAAGAGGAACCACUUUAAAGUGGUCAUCUUUCAGGAGGACAAUGAAAUCCCCUCCACUCUGCUCACUAAAGAUGGUAUGGCCACCUUUCAGGAUGAAAUGGUUCCAUCUGCACCAACUCCACACACUGAUCUAAACUGCUCCAAAGACGAAGGCCUGCAGACCAUCAGCCUCUCCUCUAAUGAGGAGGAGGACAAAGGAGCAGCAAGCCCCCUGGCAGAGGGUGGCACAGAUUAUCUGGUAGAUCUGCAUGAGGAGAGCCUCCCAGACUUUGGAAGUGAACGUCUGGAACGCUCUCGUGCAGACAAGUUCAAGCGCUCAAGUCUGAAGAAGGUGGAUAGUCUGAAAAAGGCCUUCUCUCGAAGCAGCAUCGAGAAGAAAAUCAACAAGAUUGUACCUCCAGAACGACUUGAGAAGAUCAAGAAAAGCUUCACCCCGAACCACCCGAAGAGUCCCACUUCCCAGAGCUCAUCCUUCAAAGUCUCUCCAAUGACUUUCAACAUCAAGAAGGUACGAGAUGGAGAUGCUGACUCUUCUCAGCAGCCUGAGAGCUCACCCAGGAAUCUUAGCCCAGUAGAGGUGCCCUCCAUAGGGGGACCUGAUGGUGAAUUGCCACUGCCUGAGUUACACUCGUUGGGGGAGAAAGUGAAUGGAGGUGGCCAUCACACUCCCUCGACUCCAGGCAGCGCAGAUGGUGAGGUGUCUAUUACAGAAGGGGGUGGAAAUCUUGAUAAUGGUCCCUCUGUAAAUCUAGCUGAGGAGGAUGUGGAGAGACAAGAUGAUGAUGCUGAUGACAAUGAGGAAAAUGUGGAGGAGGGAGAGUUGGAGGAGCAGGAGGAGGAGAAAGAACCAAGACCUGUGGGGGAAGCAUCUGCUCCUCCCAUGUCAACUGCCGUUACUGUUGAGCAAACUUCUUAAAUUUAUUAGUUGCAUUCUAAUCUUUAUACAUAUGACUUCAAUCUACUUUGAGACUUUGGGAAUAAUAGACCCCAUUUACAACUGGUAUUAAGAGGCAUCUUGGGUGAUCCGAUCACGUGGUCAGUUGAGACACAUCAAUGUUUAAACCUGGUCAAACAAAUUUGUCUCCUGUGACCACUUGUGUGUCAGAAAAGAUAAAGAAAGCAGCAACAAAAAAAAAAUGGCACAAAAGCAACAUAUCGAGCAGAAUUGCUCAUUAUUUUAGUGGAUUACCUGUAUUAACCUGAGCUGCAGAUGUUCUGGCUUCUCAUAUGUGUCUGUACAAGUUGAUUUCAGACACACUGAAGAAGAUCCAUGAAGUUCUCGUGCUUGUAUCUGCUUUUUACAUUUUCUGAUUGGAUGUUUAUUUCCUUUCAAAGCUGCUCCUAACUGACAAGAGUUUAAACUCUUGUUUUAGCACAGCGGUUGAAUGACAGGUGAGGUGCACUUUGCUGCUGCCGGUGUUGUGCUGAAAUUAGCGCUUUAUUUAGCGCUGACCACAUGUGACCAGAUCACCAAAAACGUAAUUUUUUAGGUUACACAUGGUAUUAAGGUAAAUCUUAAUACCAUGUGUAAAUGGGGUCAGUGUUACUCGCUUCUGCCACUGGCAUCUUGUCCCCAAGCUUGUUUAAUGUUAAAUAGCAUGUAUGCUGAUAUAACUUUUAAUUAAUCCCAAAUAUAAUGUAAUGAUGUAAUAAAUAACAUAUUAUACUAAAUUCAGAUAUUAAGAAUGUUCUUAAUUCCAUUUAAAUAGAUUCUGUAAAAAGGUCCAGAGAAUGGUACAGCAGUCUAGACAACUGGUCACAAUGAAAUAGCAAAAUAACUAAAUUUUCCUGUGGAAGCUGUUGAAUAACAUGAAAUUUAUUGAACUGCAAAGCCUGAACUCUCUUUCCCACCGGGCGCAUAUUGUUUGACUCAGAUUGAACACAUACUUAUUGGCUCAGUAGAUCGGCGCCCCCCCAUGUGAUGCCAUCCUAGGCGCUUGCCUUUGUCACCCAAUGGUUUGCUUAUCAUAAUGUUAUAAAUAAACUGACCAAUCAAAAUGGAUCUUCA